AUGGCGUCCAGCACCGCGCUGGGAGGGGCGCCCGGCGCGGCCUGUGUCGACGGGCUGCUGCGCGCCCGAGAGCUCAAGGAACGCGGCAACGAUCUGUGCCGGUUGCUGGACUUCGCAGGCGCUGCUGCCGUCUACCGGGACGCUCUGGUUCAGGUCGGUGUCGGAGGUCUGCCGCGCGCUGAAAGGAAGUGUCUUGAUCAGAACUCACUCGGCACGAUCGGAGGCGCACGCGGCCCGUGUGCUGCUCCCCGGGGCAGAGGCGCGAGCAGUGGCAAGACGGCGCGUGUCCUCGGAGCCCGGGUCGCCAUUCCACCUGAUAGCAGCCUCACUCAUCGACGGUUUCGGUCCGUGCAGGUCGACCUGACGCACGAUCCGUCUCUCGAAGCGAGCGAACUGGCAUCUCAGCUGCACUCGAACCUCUCACAGGCGCAGCUGUGCAUCGGGAAGCUCGAGGACGCGUCGCAAGCAGCGGCACAAGCUCUGUCGUUGGACCCCACAAACCGCAAGGCCCGCUACCGCCUCGCGGUCGCACACUGCCAGAGAGGCAGCUUCGACGGUGCCCUUCGCCUGUACGACGAGCCCUCGCAGUCUGACGCGACGAGAGAGCCGAACGCGACCGACGCACGCACCGCUGAAGAAACGCUGCUUGUCGACCGCGCCCGGCUGCUCGCGGCGUUCCAGACCCUCGUGGACGAGGCACUACGCGAGACCAGGUCAGUCAGCGGGUCCGUCGAGCGGACCUCGUCCUCGAAGCCCGCCUCGGACGCACCGGACGAUGUCGUUCAAACACACUCGGUCGAAGAUCGCGUGCGUGCGCUCGUCGAGACGCUGCGCUCCGACGACGAGGACGCGGACCGGGCCAUCCUGGACGCCCUGCGCCACCUGAGCGACCUCGUGGGGCCCUGCGACGUCACGGCGCUGCGGGCGAAGGCCGCCCUGGUAGCCUGCAACGGACACUGGGUCGUGCUUGCCCACCUCGCCGCGGGCCCGCCCAACGUCUCCCUGCACGCGGCGAGAGCGAUCGUGCGCGCGUGCUGCGUGGGGCGCGCCGGCGACGGAAGCCCCGUGUGCCACGCCGGCGGCAGCGCCCAGGUGCUCGCAGCGCGCAUCCUCACCGGCCUGCAACGCGGCGAAUGUGGGGUCCGCGCCGCCGCGGCACUCGCUCUCGAGGGCCUCUUCGCUGACCGCCUCCUCUCGAGCCACCUCGUUGCCGCCUCGCCGUCAGCCGGGGACGCGAGCGCGACGCUCGCCGGCGCGCUGCUGGCGAACGUCGACGCCGCGGCGACGGGCGGUGCCGCCAAGUCUGACCGACGGAGUGGAGACAGCGCUCUCGCCGUGGCCGCUCUGUCCCUGCGGGCGCUUUCUCGCGUCGCGGCGACCCCAGCAGGCCGCUGCCAGCUCCUCGGCGCGUGCAGCAAGCUCGGCCCCGUCUCGACGGUCCUGCGCGCGCUGCCGGGGCUCGGCGCGAGCUGGCUCGACGAGGACAGCGGCUCUGCGGGUUCUGCGGCGGAUCCGGCCCUCGCAGCGCUGGCUUCGGCGUACAACGCUGCGUCCGCGGAUGCGCUGCGAUGCGGGUUCCGCUGCGUCGCGUCGCUGUGCGCGCGAGACGAUCUGGUGCGCGCGGAGCUGCGCCGUGAGAGCGAUGCCAGGGCGGGGCCGCGGCGCGCCGGGCGCGACGUCGCAGCGGUCGGGCUGGUGCGCCUGCUCGAGAGACUGGAUUCCGUGUCUCCGAAGCGCAUGGUUCGCGCUGGAGGGCCGAGCGGCGCCGCGUACGUCCUCAAGAAGUACGCCUCGGACUACCGCGCGAACCCGCUCGGCGCCGACGUCGUCGGCGUCGCCCGGGCGGUGCAAGCCACGCUGCAGCAGGACGGCACGACCGCCACCUCCGACGACGACUCCGCAGCGAGCUCUGGCGUCGAGGCGCUGCUCAGUCCGCCCGACCACGAGGCGCUCGGUCGUCCGCCUCUCGUGGAGGCGCUGUGUGCCGUGGGCGCCCUGGCGGGGGCCGGCGCAGGUGUGUGGGCGCAGCGGCUGGCAGCCGCGGACGUCAUGGACGUUCUCGGGGCGACGUGGGAGUACGACUGCGCGGAGACGCGGGAGGCGGGGUCGCGCGCGGCUGCGCUCCUCGCGUGCAGGAGCAAGCUCGUCCUGAAGCGCAUCGUCACGUCCGGACACGUCACCGCGCUGGCCGCUGCAGCGGUCCUCCCCGCGAGCCAAACAGGCGCAGCAGGGCACGCGCGGGCCCGCCACGUCAGCACCGCGGCGCUCGCGCGGCUGUCGUCGCUCUGCGCCUCGCUCGACUCCGGAGAGCUCGGCCAGCUGUGCGGCGGGGCGCCCAAGUCGAGCGUGCUCGCGCACGCCACCACCCUGUUGAACGAUCACGCGCGAAACUGCGCGGCGGGGGGGGCGCAGCAGCGCGAGCACGAUGUCGACGCCGCUGCGGAGUUCCUGCGGGCCUUCCUCGAUCGCGUCGCCACCGACGGCGACGCCCGGACCGUCGCUGAGAGCAGCCACGACCUCGCUGGUAUCCGCGACGGGCUCUCGGCGCUGGCCUCGCCGGGCCGUCGCGAUGUCGGCGAUCCGGAGCCAGCGGUUGGCCAUCCAACGGCGCCCGAAGCGCCCCGGAGCGGCGCAGCGGUUCCUGAUGUGGUGUCUGGCAAAACAACCCCGGAGCAGUCACUCGAGACGUCCCCGGUCCGACCGGCGCCCGAGACGGCCGCGGAGGGCGACGGGUACGACUCGGACGGCCUGCGCGUGGUGGCGGAGAGCAGCAUGUGGGGCCGCGGGGCCGUGAAGGAGGCGCGCCUGAGGUGGUUGGCGGCGCCGCUGGCCGACCGCGUGCGCUGGAUGCAGACCUCUGCGGACGUGCACGUGUUCGUGUCGGUGCCGCGGGGCACGCGCGGCAAGGACGUCAAAGUCGACAUCGCCGCCAAACGCCUCGGAAUCUCCCUGUCGUGGCUCGGCGAGCUGCUGGAGGGGCCUCUCGAGCGCCCGUGCCGGGCCUCGGACGCGCUGUGGGCGCUCGAGCACAGCGACAAGGACGAGACGCUCAGCGCCUCCGUCGUCCACAUCGUCCUGCCCAAGUCUGGCCCGGCCUUCUGGCGCUCCCUGUUCGAAGGGGGUGUGUUGCGCAAAACACACCUCGAGAUCCUGCAAGAGAUGGUCGACGCGGACGAGCCCGUGCAGAGCUACGACGAGUUGGACCCGGAGGCGCAGGACAUCGUGGACCAGCUCCGGGAGCGGCAGGCGCUGGUGGCAGCGGGGCACAUCGACCUGGAGCGCAGCUUCGACGACUUCCGCCUCGUCCUUGGCGACGACCUGGGCUGA